AUGUCAAUGCCUAUCCAUGUUCCAGGCCACGCGCCUGCAAACUUGUCUAUUGAAGAACAACAACAAUCUGAUCAGCAAUUAAUACAACAACCUUCCUCAGAUUCAAUGGCUUCUUUAUCAGAAACACUCAACCAUCUAAUAGAAUUAAAAUUCUUCCUCCUCACAGCUCCAACUAAAUUACAAACCAGAGAAGGCAUCCACAGACACACACUUCCAAAUAAAGAUCAAAUCUCUUGUGUCGCUUGGAAUGCCCUUUAUUUUAUUACAGGAACAGACAUUGUCCGCUGUUUAACUUUCCGUUUCGAAGCCUUUGGCCGUGAAAUCACCAAUCGCAAAAAAUUCGAAGAAGGCAUCUUUUCAGACCUCAGAAACCUCAAAUGUGAUGGAGAUGCUGUCUUGGAACAACCAAAAUCACCCUUUCUAGACUUUUUGUAUAGAAAUAACUGCGUCCGAACUCAAAAGAAGCAAAAAAUCUUCUUUUGGUGGUCCGUUAACCACGAUAGACUCUUUCAAGAUGCCCUCGAACGUGACCUCAAAAAGGAACUCUCAAAUAAACGCUCUUCAACAACACCAGUCAGAGAACCAGCAAUCUCGUUUCAGUACGAUAGCACAAGAACACUCCAUGACCAACUUCCAGAUAUCAUUGACCGCUUCCCAAGGCAUCUGGCUGACCUAGCAGACGCGUCUUCUCUUUUAACAAAUAUUACUCUGCCAUCUGGACAAACCCUACAAAUUCCUCCUUAUACUGCAGGUGCUGCUUAUCCUAUCGGUGGCCCCACUAUCCCCGGUCCUGUAUUAACAACUCAACCACAACCACAACCACAACCACAACUACAACUACAGCCACAACCACAACCACAACCACAACCACAAUUACAACAACCUCUUACCUUUCCUCAACAAGUGCCUCUUCCAAAUGGACAAGUCAACCACCAUCAUCAUACUCUCCCGGGUUCUCAUCCUCACCAUCAUCAUCAAAUCCCGGCCUUUCUCCCCCAUCAUCUCGUUACAAACGAUCCCCUUUCUCAACAGCAGCUGCAACAACAGCAACAGCAGCAACAGCAGCAACAGCAGCAACAGCAGCAACAGCAGCAGCAACUCAUUCAAGCAAACCAUCAGGUAUCUUAUAUUGUCAAUCCACAGCAACCUCCAAUCCUUCAAUCAAAUGGCGUGUUUGUUACUCCCUCAGGUCAAGAGGUAUUUUUCCCAUCUUCUGAAGCGGCUCUAAUGCAACAACAGCAACAACACUUGUUUCAAAAUGCCCACCUAAUUCAAGCAGUACAACAACAACAACCAUUAAUUCCGGCACCCGCAACUAUUCAAGCUAUUCACCCAACAAUACAUCCGGGAAUGCAUCCAACUGCUGCUGCUGCCGCUGCUGCCGCUGCUGCUAACAAUACAAUCCCACAACCUAUCUAUGCAUACCCCCAGCCACAAUACACUAAUAGUGCGCUUCAAACCCCAAUAGUAGCCACCCCCAUGGUUCCAGUAAUGCCAGCCCCACCCCAGGAAAUUGUCACUACUAAUAUAAUAAAUCCCACUGCUACACCAAAAUCGGCUGGCCUGAUACAAGAUGAGCAGUUACAACAACAACAACAACAACAACAACAACAACAACAACAGCCGAAACAAAUUAUAGAAACCCCGCGGGACGAGGACGGCCUUCCAAGCGAUUUCCCAUUAGAUUAUGUUGCCCAACUUGAUCCUAACGAUCCCUUUAGUCAGUUUGAUCCAAGACCACUUUUUAAGAAUUUUUCUUCAGAUUUACCUUCUGAUACUAUCACCAUGCCUGCACCCCCAUUAACACUGGCUGCUCCACCUGCUGCUACUACUUCAACUCCAACAAGUCUAAGUGCUACUGCUAUAACUACACCAGCUCCUUCAACAGCAAUUACUACUGCCACUCUUGGUCCAGACGAAUCCAUAUUUUCUUAUAAUAAAUCCCAAUAUCACGUCAUGUACCAACAAGAUGCAAAUGGUGCCUAUACACCAGUUUUAGUUCCUGUUCAGCAAACACUAUCUCAACAAGAGCCGACAGUUUCUUUGCCACCUAAUACCAGUGCAGCAAAAGUAUCAAAAACACCACAGAAACCUUCAAAACAGCAGCAACAAAAUCGUGCAGCAGCUAUUGUAAAUGCAAUUGAAAAUGCUACUAGUGGUAGUAGUAGCGCUACAACAACCUCAGGUUCAAGUUCAGGUGCAAAUAGUAGCGGUAGUAGUAGCAGUAAUAGUACGGUUGUUGAAAAAUCAGAGUACCCAAUGUCACAGUUUUUCAUUCCAACGCCAUCCGAAUCUGGAUGUAGUGACUUGGCAGGAUAUCAACCAGAUGUUGAAGCUGCUGAUGAUGAAUCUCCACCUACUCCCUUUAGACAAGCAUCUGCAGUUAAGCCUGUGGUGAUAAACGGUGUACAAGUUCUGCCUACAUCAGCACCAACAGCAGGAUCAACUACUCUUUCAAUCACUGGAGUCGCUUUAACGACUACUGCUACUUCUGCUUCUGCCAUUCAGGCCCCUCCACUACCCGCACCCUCAGGUCAUUAUGCUGCAGGCCAGCAUGACUCUACCGUGGAAGAUGCCGCAGCUGCAGUUAAUAAUAAUAACAACAAUAAUAAUAAUAAUAAUAAUAAUAAUAACAACUCUGUAGCAGCAGAGUUUUUUGAAAAUUACAUGUUUAUGGGUGACUCUGAUCCUAGCGCGAGCUUGGUGAUGCCAUUUGGAUUGUAUCGAACGGAAUGA